ACUAAAUGAAAUAGAAAAUGCUAACUCAACAAAAGGUAUAUAAGACGAAAUAAUUUCAAUUAAAAAUCAAUAGUCAAUUGUUAAUUCAAGAGAUUUGUUACCAAAAUGAAAUUCGCUGUGUUUGCUUUCAUUGCCAGUUUGUGCCUAGUGGCUGUUACCGCCAAAGCCACUGGUGAGUUAAUGGUCGAUUAUGAAGACAUCCAGCAAUAUGAAUACAUUGCCCAGGAAUUGGCUGAAGAAAUUAUGGAAAUUGAGCCUCAAGGUGUCUUUACUGGCAUUUUCUUUGUGUUGAAGAAAGUAUUGAAAACUCUUAAAGGUGUCAGUUGUGCCGUCGAUGAAGUUCUAAAGAUCCAAGUUGCUGGCCACAGAUUCUUAACCGAUAUUGCUGCUUGUGGUGGUGAAGUCUCUCAGAAAGUACAAACUUUAAUUGAUGCCGUUAAGGACAUUAUUGAAACCAGCAAGGCUAUUGGUGGCAUAAAUGAAGCUGUUUGUGCUAACGAUCAUAAUGACAGACUUCUUAAGGGUGUUGUGUCCAGUAUUAAAUCUGGCCACAAGUGUGCAGCCAACAUGUUGAGCAAACUUUUGCGCUUGAGCAGACAAAUUAAACGUGCCAUCAAAUUGAUUAUUCAAAUUAAGAAUGUUCCCGGUGAUACCAGCAGAUGCGUUUUGGACGCCGUUGAUACUUUGGAGAAAUAUUUCACUGAAUUCCCUGCCAACAUUAAGGCUUGCUCCAACUUGCCUUCAUACCAGUAAAUUUUUCAUUGAGGACGGACUCCCUGUUUCUAUUGUGACGGUCAAUUCUUAUUACGAUUAAAUUGUUUUUAAAUAAAUAAAUUUUUAUAUGCAGAAAA